AGCGCGGCCAUGGCGGCGGCGGCGGCUCGGAGCGCGGUGUCGGGGAUCUUGCGGCGCUGGGCGCCCCGGGCGCUCCCGCUCUCCGCCCUCCCCGCCCGGUGUGUCGGGCACGGACCGGCCCCGGCCCCGCUCCGGGCCCCGCUCCGGGCCCCGCUCCGGGCACCGCGGCCGCUCGGAGGGAACCGGCCCCAGACAGCGGCACCCUCCGUGCUCAGCAGUGUCACACCUCUACUUCCAAGUAUCCUCCAGCAGCCAGCGAGGACUCUCACCUACUACGGCCUACGGAAGGGGAAGAGGAAAAGCGUGAAAGCCGUUGUCAAAAGGUUCCUCCGGCUGCACAACGGCCUCUGGGUUAGGAGAAAGGCUGGUUACAAGAAGAAACUGUGGAAGAAGUCGGCUUCCCAGAAGAAGCGUCUGAGGGAGUUCGUGCUGUGCAACAGAACACAGUGUAAACUCCUGGAUAAAAUGACCACUUCCUUCUGGAAAAGGAGGAACUGGUACGUUGAUGAUCCCUACCAGAAGUAUCAGGAUCGAACGAAUCUUCAGGUGUAGAAACCUCAGGUUGGUUUUUGCACCUCUCUAGGAAGGAGGGGGUGGUUGUGUGCCACGGUCUGAAUGUUGGAAUAUAAAUGUCCAAUGCCUGUAACUUUUCUAAAUAAACAUGUGCAUAUCAUCUGAGCGGAAUUAUGGGAAUCAAUGCCCAAAAUAAAGGAAUAUCCAAUAUUCUCUUCA